AUCAUGGCGGCGUACAUGGCUCCUGCAGCUGUCAGAUGUCCAGUAGUGUUUUUACUUAAAGACACUAUUCUGAUCUCGAAGAAAGUUUAUCAACCGUCAGCCAGAUGCACUAUUAAAGGUUACAGUUGCUGGAGGAGCUACAGUUCAUCGUCAACCUCCUGGUCGUCUGGGUCUCCAGCAGCAGAUAUCUGUGCCCACAGUGAAACUGUUAAACACUACAUUCGCCUCGUUGAGUGUGGCUCACUGAAGAAAGAUGCCCAGCAGAGAGAUGUGAUUCUGCAGCUAGCUCAGCUGCAACAAAGCCUGAAAAACUAUAGUAAUAGGAUUUACUUGAACCCACCUCCACCGAGGGAAAGCUCAAAAGAAAGUCAUCUUCAAAAAGAAAACAAAGAUGGAGAACCUUCUACAAAGGAGGAACUCCCUCAGCCACCACCACCACCACCUCCACCCAAAGGCUUCUAUCUCUAUGGAGAUGUUGGCACAGGGAAGACCAUGCUCAUGGACAUGUUUUACAACAAUGUGGAAAACCCUCAUAAGAAACGAGUCCAUUUCAACAGCUUCAUGUUGGACAUCCACAAAAGGAUCCAUCGGAGGAAACAAAGCCUGCCAAAACGAAGGCUCGGGAAAAUGUUCACCUAUGACCCCAUAUCGCCGGUUGCCAUGGAGAUCAGCAGUGAAACCUGCCUCCUGUGUUUUGACGAGUUUCAGGUGACAGACAUCGCUGAUGCCAUGAUUCUGAAACAGCUGUUUGAGACCCUGUUUAAGACCGGAGUGGUGGUGGUGGCUACGUCUAAUAGACCCCCUGAUGAUCUGUACAAAAAUGGACUUCAGAGGGGCACCUUUCUACCUUUCAUCGACGUGCUGAAGGAGUACUGCCACACAAUCUGCCUGGACUCUGGGAUCGACUACAGGAGGCUGGACAAAGCUGAAGCAGGGAAACUCUACUACCUCACAGAGGAGCCUGGUGCAGAGGCCUUCCUGGAUGCACGGUUUGAGGAGCUGGCUUUAACUCAAAGGAGUGUAACAGGCCCUCGGCUGCUCAAGGUGCUUGGUCGAGAGGUGACUCUGGAGAAGACUUGUGGCUCUAUCGCUGACUGUACUUUUGAUGAGCUGUGUGGCAAACCUCUGGGUGCCGGUGAUUACCUGGAAAUGGCACAGCUCUUUGACAUUGUAUUCAUCCGCCAUGUUCCUCUGCUAACACUGAGCCUGAGGGACCAGGCCAGGCGUUUCACUACCCUCAUAGACAACUUCUACGACAACAAGGUGAGGGUGGUGCUGCUGGCAGAGGCUCCUAUUGAGCAGCUUUUCGCCCACAGAGGAGGAGAAGAUGAGAGGGACAGACAACUGCUGGAUGAUCUCGGUCUCAGCGGGGAUGCAGCAGAACGUCUGACUCUGUUCACAGCCGAGGAGGAGAUCUUUGCCUUCCAGAGAACUGUCUCCAGACUGAUUGAGAUGCAAUCAGAGGCUUACUGGAUGGAGGGAGACCGCAGACACAGCAAGAAACACAUAAACUCCUAAUUUACUGUUCUGACUACUUGAUGAACAUUUACUUCCAGACAACAUGGUACCUCAUUGUCUACUAACUCUAUAACAUAUGAUCUGAGGUUGCAGAAAUUUAGAAAUAUCAGGUCCAUUUUGGAUUAAGCUCUUAAUCUACUGCAUUACAUCCAAGAAAACCUACAGAAAUCUAAGUAUGGAAAAGAAGAUACUCGUUUUCAGUCAGAAUCUGAUUUCAAUUUGUCUAUUGCAUGAGUCUUACAGAGUUUUUCUGUCGGGCCCUCUUCUAUGAGGUCUGCUCUCUCCCCCUUGUGGACCAUGAAAUUUAAAGAAAACAGAAACCUCUCCAGCAUGAGUGAACCUCUAAGCAAACAGGUGCCUACUUCAGGGAAGGACGGCAGGCAUAGUGUCGCCCAUAGUAGACGGCUACCGCCCUCUAGUGGCUGAUUGGGGAAAAAUUCCCAAGCUUUUCCUUUCUUUAUAAAGUAAUAUCCAUAUUUUCUGUGUAGGUUUGGAUUAAAACCCAAAUGUAUGCAACAUGGGAGCAAUUUAAAAUGUUGUCCAAGUAUUUAAUGAAUGAAAUCAAACACUGUAUUUACAUUAAAAUCAGGGGAAUCUGUAUUGCAAAGUCAGCUUGCCAACUUUUAAAUUUCAGAAUAAUUAAAUAAUCAAGGGGUUUUUUUUUUGUGAAGAGGUUGUAUACUGUUGAUGUUGAUUCAAUAAAAUGUGUUAUGUGGUUGUGUAAAUAGGAUUAAAUCUACAAUAGGGAGUUUUAGUUAUUAAUGGGUGAAGAUGGCCUAGUGGUAAGGUAGAGGCCCAUUUUCCAGGGUUCCUGCAGAACUUUGAAAAGUCUUGAAAUUAGACUCGUAAGAUCUAAGGCCUGAAAGAUCUUAAAUUUUAAAGGGCACUAACUUAUACAUUGUUUUACCCAGUCUUCAUUGUUGGGCUAAAGUCUGCAAUGUGCAGUUUCUGUGCAGCUGUGUCACUCUUUUAGUACCAUCUGUUUUCGCUGCAUGAAGUCUGCAUGUCUCUUAGCUUUAUUACAGUAGUUUAACUCUCAGCCUGUGUUGAUCGUUGUGAGAUAGACUCACAGGUCACAAGUCACUCUGCAGAUCUCAACCUGUCAUUUGUCCGUUUUGUGGAGUUUUCUCAGCUGAAGCAACACACCACAUGGUUUAUUUGCUUAAUGAUAUACUCCCUGUUUUCUUUAAAUGCACGGUUAUGACCUAAGAAGCGAGGAACAGGGCCCCCAUCCCUCGUCAGUCUGGUUUGUAUACCAGCAUACUGGUAUGGAAGUCACUCUGGUAUAUACACUCCCCAGCCACUUUAUCAGGUACAUCUGUUCAAUCUUUGUCACACAAAUAGCUAAUCAGCCAAUCACAUGUCAGCAACUCAAUACAUUUAGGCAUGUAGACGGGGUCAAGAUGACUUUCUGGAGUUCAAAAUGAACAUUAGAAUGGGGAAGAAAGGUGUAGGGAAAAGGUUUAAGGGAAAAUAUCUCGUGAGCAGCAGCUCCAUGGAUGAAAAUGCCUUGUUGAUGUCAGAGGUCAGAGGAGAGUGGCAACCUGAAAGGCAACAGAAACUCAAAUAACCACAUACUACAACCAUGGUAUGUCAAAUACCGUCUCUGAGUGUAGACCUCACCAAAGUUGGAUAACAGACGAUUGGAAAAACGUUGUCUGGUCUGAUGAGUCUCGAUUUCAGCUGCAACAUUCAGAUGGUUGGGUCAGAAAUUGACAUAAACAACAUGAAAGCAUGGGUCCAUCCUGCCUUGUAUCAAUGAUUCAGGUAGUGGUGUAGGGGAUAUUUUCUUGGCACUUUGGGCUCCUUAGUACCAUUAAAGCAUUGUUUGAACACCACAGCCUACUUGAAUAUUGUUCCU